CUAAGAAGUGCGCCGGUUAAGUCAUGCCCACUUUGAGGAAUGGAUUGCGUGACAAGAAUUGAAUAUAGGUUGGUUCUCUUGUGACUCUCUUGUAUGAGAUAAUUAUAUCCAUUUAUAACUUCGUGUUUGUUAAAGUACAUUUUUAAUUUAUUUAUCAAACUACCCUUCUGUAACAUUUUACAUGAAAGAUGUCCAAGGGCAGUUACCCGGUAACAUUUCACCUCCGCCCUCCCCCCUUGGCAUUUUAUUGUUGAAUUCGGAAAAAAUUAAUUUUUUAUUGCCUUUAAUUUUCACCAAGAAGUGCACCGGGUAAGUCAUGGUUGCGUGACAAGAAUUGAAUAUAAUGUAAUCAACAAUCUCAAGAUAUUCCAAUACAGGCGUGACACGCGUUUCAACCAAUGAGCUAGAUGUCCAAAGGAUGGAAUCAUGUCAAGAUAAAUUAAUAGGAUAGGAGAGAACGCAGACGAAAACACCUCUUGUUAUACUUCAAUGUCGAACUCAAAAUUUACUAUCUUUGUCAGAGUUAAAUGUAUAUAGUUUCUCAGAGGGCGGAGGCUAAAUGCUGCAAUCGUAGAAACGUCAUCGCGCGUUCAUCGGGAUAUGAAGCAUGAUUUAAUUUCAAUAUGCAUCUAUCAUUGUUGUUUUUUAUUGUUUGUUGAAAAUUUAUGUAACUGUUCUUAUCUUGUAAGCGCCUGUUUUGGCAGAAAAAAAAGAUGGUUUAUCAAGGUUAACUUGGCACUGAGUUCCUUAUAAUUUUGAUAUAUGGGAAAACAACACUCAUUCGAAUGCGUAAAAAAUGUUAUGGAACAAUCGAUUCAUACUUAAACUGUGGGUAUAUCGAGAUGAGAAACGUAAAAUUAGUUUGAGUUGCUCUCGGCUACGCGUACACCUCUAGGAAUUUCAUACUUAUAAGGUACUUUGCCUGUGGUUCGCAAUGCAGAAUGUUUGAGAUAUCCCGGGAUCGAGAAGUUACACUGAUCACUAACACGUUUACACAGAACUGAUUCAACACAAUUCUCAUUCUCUUGUUUUAUUCUGCAGAAUAAUUCUGUUUAGGUAAAUAUAGAAUGUCAGCCAAAGAGGAUUCAAUGUCCGAACGCUCUCUGUUAAUCCUAAAAGAACAAGAUCACGGGCACCGUUGGAAUGAUGUGGAGACAGGUGCCUUCUUCCUUCAUAGCAGCUUGAGUCGUCGGCAAAGGGUUGUGAACGCAAUAUGUAUUCUAGUAAUGAAGUUGUGUGAGCGCUUGACCCUCUUUGGAGUUGUUGCAAAUUUGUUGUUAUUUUGUAGGAAUGUGUUAAAACUUGACUCGCCAUGGCCGUCGACAAUCGCCCUCUCGUUACAAGGUUGGUUCACGCUAUCAUCAUAAAAUUAUUUAGAAGUUAGAGCGCCUUUCAAUUGAGUGUCUUAAAACCAAACCAAACGAACCGAUAAGAAGAGAGGAAAAUACCCCAAGGAGGCAAUGAGUAAAAACAUCCAAACUACCUAUAGCGCAGGAAAAUGUGGGCGACUAAGUCGUAAUUGGUUUUAAUUUUUCUUCGGAUUGGUUCGGAAAGAGACGCGAUUAGUUUUAUGAACCAAGCACAGGGAAUACCGAAGCAAAACCCAGAAUACUUUUAACACUCAAUUGAAAAUUGCUGUAAUGUCUCGAUUAAAUCUGACUGUGCCAAUGAAAUAUUCAAAUAUUGCUAUUGUUGUUGCUGUUUGGUUUUUCCUGCGUUAAAUGGUUUGAACCUAAGGGUAAUGACAAUUCAUCGAGUAGUCUGAUCUUCGAUCAACACUUAUUUAAGAUGGUUAAACAGCGAACGAAAGGAGGAGAACGCUUAUACUCCCUGAUAGAUCGAUACUUAUCAAUCACGACCUAUUUAGGCCACUCGAGUCUUCCAGCCGACAGGAUCACGGUAGAACUGACCGGUCAGUGAAAACGAUCCAGGCUUAAAACAGUAAACUGUCUGACAACUCCUCACUGAACUCUGACGACAACUUCCCUUAAGGUUGUGGGAACGUCUGUCACCACUACCGACAACAGUCCUUCCUGGGACGAUAAGGAAAAUUUAUGCUAUUUCGUCUCCCAAAAUUGCUUGAUGUCCCCUAACUUGUUUACCCCUUGGAGUAUCCAACAUCUUAGUUUUCCUUACAUUAACACUAGCGAAUUAAACAAUGAGAUCUAAAGAAUAAAGGUAAAGAUCAAUAUUUUAAUAAGCUCAUGACUGUUCAGCAAAUUCUCCUAGUCACCUAAGGAAAGUACCAAAGGAAAUGUAUAGAUAACAAUUUAAAAACUUUCUAUUCAAAAAGUUUUCGCGCCAACUAAUUGACAAUCAGAACUAUUUCUGUGUCGUAUCAUACAAUUAUCCUAGCCGUCAGGUGUGUUCAUGUUGUCCUUUCUUCGUUUGAUUUUCACGUACCUUGUUUGUUAUCAUUGUUCGUUAAAAUUUGAAAAUCUAUCGGUGCGUUCGCUAUAACAAUUACUGCACCCGGCCCUUCCGGACUGAACCUUCUUUAACGAGCUAUCACCGGGGAAGGGAGGGGGAAAGUUUUAAAGAACAAGAUUUUGAAAAGAUGCCUUAAGGCAUAGUUUCGACUGUCAUUUUAUUAUUUUCCUUUUCAUAGGAAUGUGCUAUCUUACUCCUUUACUCGGAGAGUGGCUCGCUGACACUUACUUUGGUCGGUUUAACACCAUUUAUGGAAGCUCUUUAUUGUAUUUUGUUGGAGUCGUGCUUCUGGCUGCAGCAUCAAUUCCUGACGAUCUACUGGGGGUAGAGUUUGAUAAAACGGCGAGAACGGUGUACUUUGUCGUGGCCCUUGGGAUUAUAGCAUUUUGCACGGGAGGAGUCAAAGCCAAUGUGUCACCCUUUGGAGCAGAUCAGGUGAAACAGGAUGGUCCAAGAGCUAUCCAGACCUUUUAUAGCUGGUUUUACUGGUUUAUAAACAUUGGAGCCUUAAUAGCUUAUACAGUUGUAGUGUGGGUCCAGCAAUCGGACGUUUUCUUCGGUUAUGCCAUCUUAAUUGGUACAAUAUUCCUUGCUCUGGUUGUAUUUUUUGCCCGUCGUAGCAAGUACGUGGUAAAGCCUCCACGUGGUAGCCAGCUGACGGAAACUGCAAAAAUUCUAUGGGAAGGUAUAAAAAAACGAAGAAAGAACACAAGUCGCUGGAUGGAUGGAGCAAAGAUAAGAUUUGGCGGAAGUUUCGGUGAUGCCCAGGUUGAAGACGUGAAGGCAUUAUUGAGAAUAGUACCAGUGUUUUUUACAUUCAGCGUCUACUUCGUAAUUUUCUCUCAGGUGAGGUUUUUCUACCCUAACCCUCUAUUCCCUAAUGCAUGCAUUCACCAUACUGUUCUCUAUACAUUUCCUAGGGCACUGACAAGGAGAAUUUGCUAAACAAUCAAAAUCUUUGUUGGUUGGUGAUCAUUUCCUUGAUUCUCUUCACCUUAAUGAGUGAUUUAGGGGUGACAUUUUAAGGAGAAAUAAGAUGUUACCCACUCAUAGGGGUCAAAGUGUUAACCAUAACUUACUAGUGUGGUCAGUCUACAGGUAACUGGCAGUGUAUACAACGAUAUCUUACAUGCGCAGUUCAUUUGAAUUCAGCCAUUCACUUAGUUUGGAUCAGACUCAGCUUUCUUCAUCCAGCUCUGAUUCAAGAAUGGACAGAUGGACAGGGGGGCCGUCUGGAAGCAUUCAGUUCAUGGCUCUCGAAAGUUCAUUGUUUCAAACAUUGUUAAAGUGUCCCCCCCUCCCCACGACUCUAAAAUAGUGCCAGGUUUGACUCCAGGGUGAGAAGAGGCAAUGCAAGAAUAUAGCAUCCUUCUCAAUACCUUUUUACUGGAAAAUGUGCUGAGGUUUUAAGGAGAUGUUUCGUCUUUAUCGCUGCCCAUAGUAAAAGGGUUUUGUUUUUACCUAAACCGUUCUUUUCCUUCCCUGUAAGAGAAGAAAUAGUUUUAGAGUUCAAAUCGAAACAUUGCAUUUUCUUUUUCUUGCCUGGUAUGCACGAAUUCAUUCGCAUGAUAUCCUCUCUCUCUUUCUCUAGAUGGGUACAACAUUCCUUAUCCAAGGUACCUUCAUGAGGCUACAAUUUGGAAGUUUUACCUUACCAGCAGCGUCUUUGGAGGUUUUUGACAUAGUGAUCGUUCUUGUACUUGCUCCCCUCAUGGAACAUGGUAUCUAUCCUCUUCUUGAGCGAGUUGGCGUAAAGGUGACACCCCUGCGGCGCAUAGGUGUGGGCUUCCUGUUAUCAGCAGCGUCAAUGCUUGUGGCUGGACUCGUUGAGACAAAACGACGGGAAGUAUGGGAAGCUGGUGAUGUUUGUAGACAGACCGUUUUUGGGGAAGUUCACGAUGCUUCAUGUUUCAGUGUUUUCUGGCAGGCACCAGAGUUCUUGUUGAUUGGAGUUAGUGAAGUGUUAGCGAACAUCACAGGUUUGCAAUUUUUUUAUCAUUGUUAUUGCUGAAUAAAUGUAGUCACCACAGUAGGUUGUAGAAACAGCUUACGCAUUACGAAAUUGACCCCAUAAAUGAAUUUGUUUCAUUUUUCAUCUUACUCUUUUAAAUGGAUCAUUUAUUUUCUACAAUAAUUAAAUAUCAUGAUCAUAUAAGUUGAUACAGCGUUCGUCUACAAAAGAAUCCUUCAGAAUUAAAACAAUCUAACCCCUUUGACUCCUUAGAGUGACUAGCAUCUAAUUUCUCCUGCCAAAUCAACCCUAAAUCAAUCAUCAAGGUCAUGAGAAUAAAGGAAAUGAUCACCAACAGGAGAGUAUGAACUGAACUCAGUUUUUUUUCUUUUGUCACCGACUAAAGGAACUCUUGAUUGUUAAACAAUUUCUCUUUUCCAGCAACUUAGGACAUUUAUGGAGAGUACUAUCGAAGAUAUGUUUGCUGAUGUAAGAGCGAAAGGACUAAGCAUUUUUGCUUCUCAUGUCUACCCCAUCUCAUAGAUUAUGCAACUCCCUUUUCAAUAUCAAAGUGUAACUGCAAAUGAAAUGUAAUUACAACCGCUUGGCCAAGGAAGGUCUGUGUACGAGACUAGUCCGCUUGGCCGUAGAAGGUCUGGGUACAAGACUAGUUUGGACCCAAUUGAUUCUCCCUCUGGCUCCACCACUGCUCAAUAUUUGUGGAAAUGCAAAGUUCACCUUGAAAUUUUUUUACUUGUUUUGCAGGACUUGAGUUUGCAUACUCACAGGCUCCUGAGUACCUCAAGGGAGUUGUCAUGGCCCUUUACAUGGCUGCUUGGGGACUCGGAAGCUUCCUUGCAAACCUUCUUGUUGCUAUCGUUACAUCGGGAGGUAAUAGUGAUUGGUAUCCUGAGAAAGAUCCUAACAGAGGUCAUUUUGAGUACUUCUUCUUUCUGGUAACUGUUCUGAUGAUGCUGGAUUUUUUGUUUUUCCUGUUUAUUGCAUCUUCAUACGAAUACAAAGGAUCGCCUCAGCAAAGUGAGGAGACAGAAAAAGACCAAGAAUACAAUGAAUUAACUGUAUCAUCCGUGCGUGUAUAAGUGAUGUGUCAGCAUUUUCCCGUCAUGCCGAUUAAAUUUGUUGUUGCUAUGUCAGUAGCAAUGACGUUUUUGGCGAAUUGGGCUGAACUUUGAAAGUAGCGCAAAUGUGGUUAAAGCAUCUUUUUUAACAUAAUACUUCGGAAGUCAAUAAUUCAAUUUAGUUUUUGGACAUUGGCAGUUUUCGAAACCCCAGCUAUAUAAAUAGUAAGAAGUAAAUAAUCUUAAUAAGCAACAAAAAGGAAUGAGCGUGAAAUGAAUACUGAGUUGGUGAGAUUUUCUUCUGCUUCUACCUUCGAGGUAGUUUUUGAGGUCUUUAGCUUUCGAUCCCUGAAAAGUGACUAGCAUGUGAAUUCUCUUUACAAUAUCAGCCCCAAAUCACACAUUAAGGUCACGAAAGUAAAGGAAAAUGAUCACCAACUGAAGAAGCUCUUGAUUGUUAAACAAAUUCUCCUUGUCGGCACCUCAGGAUAUGCAUAGAGGACAGUAUGGAGAAUAUGCAUACUGAUGUAACGAGUUGAGGUAAUUUUAAAGGCGAGUAUUUAAGGGGAGCUUCGUAAACUCCUGCAAUCCAGUUUCUUUACAGUAACCAAGUUUCCGUUCGGCGAAUACGACUGAAAUCUAGUCAUGAUUCUGUCAACUGCUCCUUCAACGAUGG